AUGCCAGGUCCUCAACCUCACAAGAACACCUCAUAAGUGCAAACGGAGAGUUUCUCUCAAAGUCACUCAUCGUGGAAAACACGCCGUGGCCGCCAAGAAACCCGGCUGCAGUGUUUAUGCCGUUGGCUGUACCUGAGGUGUCGUUGGGCGCAGGAAGGAUGUCUGGUCACUGGUGACUGUGGUCCGGCCAUGAUCAAUUAAAUCCAAAUCACCACUCAGGCCCCCUAAGUGGUGGAUGGCACCUUGUUGGCUAUCAAAUCAGCAAUAACACGGCCUGCGUCUCUUUUUGGGGUUCUGUCGCAGUCACCCACAUGUGAAUGCGUUGACUACCGCAGUCCUCGACUUCGGAAGACCGGGACAAACGCUUCAUGCUUGACUGAACAGGAGUCUCAACUAGAUCACCAAGCAUGGCAGACCUGAAAGCUAGUAGCGCAAUCGAGCCAAAGGAGACCUCUUUAGCGGCCCUUCCCACAAGCGAGAUAACGCCGGCCUUGGCGAGGGUACCAAGCGAUGACCUGGGACUAAAACGAGAGCCUAUCCCCAAAUGGCGGCUGGUGACCAUUCUAGUGAGCAUCGGUGUGGGCUUGUUCCUGUCGCUCAUGGACACGACCGUGGUCGCGACAAUGCUAGCCAGGAUCUCCGAUGAAUUUGGCGGCUUCAAACUGUCCCCGUGGGUCUUGCUGUCCUAUACUCUCUCAUACCUCGGAUGCACCGUUCUCGUCGCCCGCCUGUCGGAUGUACUCGGCAGGCAAGCCGUUUUGGUCGGAUGCUUUGCAAUCUUCCUCGCUGCAUCUGUGGCAUGCGGCUCGGCGUCGACCCUUGACCAGCUGAUCGGUUUCCGGGCUGCCCAGGGCGUGGGAGGCGCCGGCUUGUACGCCAUGACUAUGAUCAUCUACCCAGAGAUCAGCCCUCCCAACCUUGUGCCCAUGCUGUCAUCGAUCAUCGGCCUGGUAGUGGCGCUGGCCGGCGUCAGCGGUCCCGUCAUCGGCGGUGCUCUUGCAACCUACUCGGACUGGCGAUGGGCUUUCUGGAUGAACGGUCCGAUCGGCAUACUUCCCUGCAUUGCCCUAAUUCUCGUAUGGCCGAAAAACUUGCGCACCUUCAAAAAGAUCCCGUUCAAGCAGCUCGACUUCCUGGGCGCGCUGCUGUUCAUGAUGGCGACCGUCCUCCUCGUCUUCAUCAUCAACCAGGCAACCGUCAGGGAGUAUGCGUGGAACAGCCCACAGACGAUUGCCGUCUUUACCCUCAGCGGAUUAGCUUGGUUCGUCCUAUUAUGGUGGCAAUGGCAUCUUUCCCAGACGCCUAGCCUUGGGCAUAUUCAGGCUCAGAUCCCGUGGAGACUUCUCUCGCAUCGGGUUCUGAUGUCCACUGUCAUGAGCACAAUUCUGACUGGCUUCGUCAUGUUACUCGUCAUCGUCAACAUCCCUAUGCGCGCACAAAUUGUGAACUGGUACGACGAGGUCAAGUCUGGCGUCCUCCUUCUCCCUCUGAUGGGAUCCACGGCGGUCGGAUCUGCGGUAGGCGGUGCCUUGUCGGGCAAGCAAAACCGGACCUUUGGGACGCUGAACGCGGCAAGCAUCCUCAUGCUGGUCGGCUGUGGCAUCAUGUCGACCCUACCAGACACGGUCAACUUGGCCGCAAAACAGUGGGGGUUCGAGGUCAUUCUCGGUUUGGGCAUUGGCAUGAACCUGUCGACGGCAACACUCCUCGCCUCACUCAACGCCGAAUUCGAGGAUCUCGCUAUUGCCCAAGGCAUCGUCGCUCAGCUGCGUAUCCUGGGCGGCAGUCUAGGAGUAGCAGCAGGCUUCAUCGUGCUGAACAACAGGAUUACCGAGACGUUAACUGGCUUGCUCACUGCUGAGGAGAUGGACGCGUUCUACCGGUCGCCCGCCAUUACCAAGUCGUUCGACGUGCCUAAACAGCUGGGCGUCCGGACCGCGUACAUCGACGCCUUUAACAUCAGCAUGUACAUAUGUGCUGGCAUCUCGGCGGCAUGCCUCGUUUCGUCGCUUUGCACCUACCAGAAAAACCCCCCCACCAUCCAGAAGCGGCUGCAGGAGUUGGAGACCCUCUACGCACAUGCUGCUACCGGUAACGAGCAGCCAAUCCCUUGAUACCAAUACUUUGAACCGUGCCAUGUGCGAAAGUAAGCUAGGGUUGGAAAGGACGACUGGCCGAGCCGCGUGUUAAGGGGCCAAGGACGCUGGUAUAAAUCAACGAAUCAUGACUGGCAACGUUUGUUUACUCAGUUCGUCUUGUUUGGGUAGCAUACACGAGAUUUCAACUGUCUACUUAGUACCUAGCAGAGGAAGGGGGGGGUCUCUGUCCGCAUGUUCUGUCUCAUGACAUUAUAGUCCGGCACUAGCCAAAUCUGCCAUUAUAUAAACAUAAUGACACCGGCUAGGAAACAUAAUGACACCUAAUAGGUAC